CUGACGGAGUUGUUACAGUGGUACGUGACCACCUUUAGAGACCCCCUGAUGCUCCAGCCCCCAGAGUGGUUCAAGGCAUUUAUAUAUUGCGAAGCCUUCUUACAAUUGCCUUUCUUCCCCAUUGCAGGAUACGCCUUCUUAAAAGGCGGCUGCAGGUGGAUAAGGACUCCUGCAAUCAUCUACUCCACCCACGUGGCUACAACGUUGUUUGCCAUCCUCGCGCAUGUCCUGUUCCACGAUUUCUCAAAGUCUGAGCAUUUGGGACCCCAGACGUUACGUGAGCGCCUGAUUCUGCUGUCUGUAUAUGUGCCGUACUUGGUGAUACCGCUUCUGAUCCUUUUCACCAUGCUCCACAGCCCCCACUACAGCCACGCGGAGAAAAGGAAAAGGAAGUAG